AUGGACAACUUUGACGCUCGCUUCAAGGUCCAUGAACUCCUGGAUCUCGUUCAGCUACCACGGACCCUUCGCCUACAAAGCAGUGGCAACAGCUCGGCGCCUUACCUCCCUAGCGACGCGCAGCUGGGAGGGUUCGUCGACCGCCGACAGGUCUUUGUGCAUCAAGCCGGAGGCGUCACCGCGAUAGCCAAUCGUGUCCUUAACGAAUGCUCUGAGGCUAUCGCUCGCGUGGCGCCUCUCUGUACGGCGGCGUUCAAGGUGCUUGCGCAAAACACCCAGCUGAACGCUCAACACAGCCAGUCGGGAGAGACAGGGAUCACUGUCUUCCUCCUUGCAUCCCUGCUGACGCCUCUCAAUAAAAUCAUGGUACACCUCCUGCAUGACACUGGACAUGCGUUGUACUGGCAAGUCAGGCGGAGCCUCACCGGCAAGCCCGACCUCCACCUUGUUUGGGAACCAAACACGUCGCGCUGUGUCACGUUGGUCGUCAUUGAGGUCAUGACUGAGGCGGCCUUUACGGACCGCGAUAUCACUCGGCUGGUGUUAUUACUGGCUGCACAUCAAAUCAGUGUGGCCCAUGAUGGUGGUGCAGUCCACGCCAAUCAACCUGAUGUGGCGCGUAGCCACCGCUCGGUCGAGUUCGGUGUCCUUGACCAGAUGCGUGUUGAGACUGUAAUGAGCAGCGCACCUUACGCCUUUAUCUCCAACUACAACAUGCUUCUUGGCUGCCGUCGCGACCACACCUCAAGUAUGGAUGUCUUUUUCUUUGAUAACCCUGUCAGCAUCCACUCGCCCGGCACGUCGUUCGAGCUUGCCCAGUCUCCCGCUGGUCUUCUUUUGGGAGUUGGCCUCGACGCGGUGAUGGAGAACGCGCCAGAUUUGAAGCGCCUAUUGAAGACGGUACCUCCUACUCCCACGGCGGGACCAUCCCAGACACCCUUUGCCACAUCAUCCCACGCUCCGCCGCCUCUGCAGCCCGCAAGAUCGUCAUCAGCAGCGCCUGCGACUGGGCCGGGCGGCAGCUCAUUCCAACCUCCGUCUCCAGACUCGAGGGACUCUGGCCUCAAGACAAGCGACUACUGCCAUGCCACCACCAUGCCUUCAAUCACGUCGCCCAUUACGCCGACGGAUGGCACCUACGACCUCAUCGCCGAGGUUAGGAUUGACGCGCAGCCCGUGUCGCUCUACCAGGCCAACCCACCCUCAUGCACACUCCCGUCUCCUCCGUCGUCUAACUCAGUCAUCAUCCGCAAAAUCAUUGGAUCGGGCUUGUUCCGUGCCGCCUUCGCGGCGAGCGUACUGGGCAUGGAAGGUAUUGUCAAGAUUAUUUUCCUGAACGAUUUCAAGCCCAAGUAUGACCCCGAGGACCCGUACACGCCUACCGUGGCCGACGCGCGCGCGGCCAGCGCGGCCGAACUCCGGGCGCUCACUGUGCUGCACGAGCUCGGAGUCGAUCUCGCGCCGCGCCUGUACGCCCAGUGCGAAGUGGACGACAAGAUCUUCUCCAUUCUCGAUGAUGCCGGCCAGCGUCUGCAGCCCUCGCUUGGCUCUGAUGAGCUCAUUUCGAGCCGCAUACGCAACAUGUACCACGCCCUGCACGCUGCGGGCGUGCUGCACGGCGACGUCGAGUGGCGCCACGUACGGGAGAAGGAUGGAAAGAUGCGCCUCAUCGAUUUCGACCGCGCGACGAUCCUCCAAGACUUACCUGAUACCCAGAAGCAAUACUGGGACGUCAUUACGGCCACGGAGAUGGACAACGUCGAACGCAUGCUCUGCAGCAUGAGGCCCGUUGACCCUACGACCUGGGACUGGGAUGAGGAGUCUUAG